ACGUGCACAAAAUUUGAAUUCAGUUGCCCGGUGAACCCAAUUCUGCUACUCCAACCGUUCUUCAUGGCCAAUUUCUGAAGCAUGGCGACGAUGGAGAAGCUGUUCGUGCAGAUUUUCGAGACGAAGAAGUGGAUCAUCGACCAGGCCAAGCACCAAUCCAAUCUCUUCGAUCAACACCUCGCGUCCAAGCUCAUUAUCGAUGGAAUUGUUCCUCCGCCAUGGCUCCACUCGUCUUUUCUUCCUCCCUCCAUUUCGCAUCUUGAAGUUGCAGAAGUGAACAAGAAUUUUGUUUCUGGAGUUGAGUUCCCGCGGUCGCCGCUUGAGACACAUUUUAGUUUGAACGAGGGAUUGGUUGCAGACAGGUGGGAGGAGUUGCGGCAUAGGUCAAAUGAAGAAGCUGUUUCUUUAAAUGAUGAUUUUGACGCAGGAAUUAGGUCAUCUGUUUUACCACAGUGCAACAUAAGUGACGCUGAUUUUGCCCUAAACUAUGCCCCUUAUCAUGACACGAGUCCUUUUUCUCCUCAAGGUCGAGGAGGCGUAGUUUCAGAAAAUUUUCAAGAUCCUACUCUGUCAUUGGCACGGUUACACAGAUCUAAAUCUAGGCAAAGGGCUUUAGAGUUGCGUAAUAGUGUUAAAUCCGCUAGGUGUCGAUCAAGGUGUGAGGACAAGGAUGAUUGCAUUGCUGGUGGGAUCACGGGAUCUGCUAUUGAUUUGCUGCGAGUUGAUCUCGAAGAUGAAUCAAAGUUGGUUAAGCCAUCUAGUAGCUGUAAGGGAAUUGUUUCUGCAGAAGAAGAAACUAAUGUUUGUUGCGAGCAGAAGGAUAUCUCUGUUUGCUCUGAUAAAAUUACAAUAGUUGGAAGCCCUGGGUUGCAAAGUAGCUCUAUUAAUGUGGAUAAUUCUUUUAAGAGUUCCUCAAAAGAUGAAGGGUUAUGCGUAGCUGCAGGUUCAACAAAGGAUUCUUGUCAAGUGAAUGAACAAUUCGACUUGCGUAGACCUUUGUCUGGAAAGAUUGAUUACUGCGAGGAAGGGUCGGGGUAUGGCAGGUGUGAGGAAUAUAAUUUUGAUAACGCUGACCAGUUUAGGUUGCAAUGUAGCUCUUUGGAUGAGGAUAAAUCUUUAUGCAUUUCCCUUGAAGAUGAAAGAGCGUGUCCUGGAAGCUCAAAAUUGCAUUCUGAUCAAGUGGACGAGCAAUUACCUAAACCGUCGUCUAGCAAUAUUGAGUGCCGUGAAGAGACAUUAUUAGAACAUUGCAGGAGCCAGGAAUGUAAUCUUGAUAAUGCUCUACAAUCUGGGUCACAACAUAGCAACCUAGAUGCAGACGACUAUGGAAAAUUAUUGGACUUGUCUAAACCUUCUUCUGCCAACAUCGAAUGCUGCGAAGAAACUGUUUUAGGACAUUGUAGGAAUUGGGAAUGUAAUCUUAAUAGUGCCCAAGGGUCUGGGUCGCAGUACAGCUCCCAGGAUGUGGAUAAUUCUUCGAAUGUUGACUCUGAGAAUGGAAGAUCAUGUCCCAUUGGAAACUCAACAGUGCAUUCUGUUCAAGUGGAAGAGCAAUUGGACUUAUCUAAAUCUUCAUCCGAUAAUAUGGACUGCUGUGAAGAAGAAAUAUUAACACAUAUCAGGAGUCAGGAGUGUAAAUUUAGCGAUGCUCAACAAUCAGGGAUGCAACAUAGCUCCCUGGAUGCGGAUAAUCCUCCAUGCCUUUCCUCUGAAGAUGGAACUUUAUGUCAUGUUGGAAGUUCAAAACGACAUUCUGAUCAAGUGAGUGAGCCGUUGGCAUUGUCUAGACCUACAUCGGUCAAUAUUGAAUGCCAUGAAGAAGGACUAGGAGGCUGCACGACCCAGGACAAUAAUUUUGAUAAUAAUGCAGAACAGUCUAGUUUAGAGAAAAUUUCCAGUUCACCUAUAAUGGAAGUAAGGGAGAAAACAUCAGGUAAGAAGCCCUCCACUUUUCUGGAUGACAAGAGGGCUGUUAAUAAAAAAGGAAAAUGCAAUUCAUCCCUUCCCGUGCCUGUGCCACAGAUUCAGGUAGACUCAGGAAAGGAAGAUGAUUCUUCUAAAGGUGUAUCUGAAUCUCAUAGUGAGAAGAGAUACCAAGACAGAGGAUAUUUAAAUGGGAAUUCUCUCUCGUCUGAUGACACAUCACUGCUAGGUCAUGAAAAAGUAAUUGCUUGUUCUUUGCUGCAAAGUGAUGAACCUUCUGAACAAAAUAGUUCUUUGAAAGAUGGAACAUCAAAUUUUCAGUUUUCCCAUGAAAAUGUAGUUGAGAUCCCACACGUGGAUACAGAAGAUGCAUUAGUUUUGAUGAGAGACACAGAAACGUUUAGAGAUCUCAUGGUCAUGGCUCCUGGUGCUCCUUCCGCCGGUGAAAGGGAUAGUAAUUUGGAGCAGAAACUGAAAAGUUCAGGCGUAUCUCAGUGUAAAGAUUCAGAUUCUUUUGAGGGAUACAUUGGGGACUUUAAUGGUAACCCUCAUUGCACAUCAACAGAGUGCCAGACUGCAGAAAAAGUAAAAGAGUUAAAAGCUUUCUGCUCAGUUUCGAAGGCAUCUAGUUCUCAUGAAAACCAGAGAAUGGUUGAGCUGCAAUUGGAGAACAGUAUUGAUGCAUCUUUAAGCUUGAGGAAUGAGAAACUUCAAGUUAUCAACAGGAGUCCUGUAGAUAAAAAAUUGAUGCAGGAAUUUGACUAUGAAAAACCUGUCCUCGAUUUUCAACGAUUAUCAUUUUGUGAAGAAGGUUACCUACAACCAAAUGUGAACAUGAGCCCUGUAGAAAUAUUGCAGUUGGAAAAGGAAGCUCACAUAGUGCAGGGGUCUGAAUCUUCAUCUACGCUUACAGCCAAAGAGGAUCUCUCUAGGUUCGGGAGCAAUAGCAGAGGCACAAUGUUGCAAAAUGUUAUGCUAGAGAACCAAAGUUUGGAUACAAAAGAAAAUUUUCAAUUUGGAGAUAGUGAACUUCCUGCUGAUACCGGGAAAACUGAAGGCGAAGAGGAAAAUGGAAAACUUACUUCUUACUCGCUUAUUACUCCCCAUAUCCAAACUUCUCAUUAUCGUGGUGCAGAUAAGGAUAAGCCUGCACUAGAGAGGUUCCUAAUGCAGGCUGAUGAUGAACAGCCAUGUAUUUCUGUUGGUGGAAUCAACUUUGACAAGUUAGAUCUUUCGAAGUGUCUGAUAGAACGUGCUAGCAUAUUGGAGAAACUUUGUAAAUCUGCCUGUAUAAACAGCCCGUUAUCCUCAUCUUUAGAAAGUUUUAAGUUGAAUAAGGUGACAGACUUGUACCAUUCUCUUCCUAAUGGUCUACCAGAGAGCAUGGACUUGGGGAGUAACCUUCUGAUGAAUGAUCAAAAUAACCUACUGAAGGAUGGUAGUAACUUCUUGAAUAGAGAAGUAAUCUAUUCUCCUCAUGGGAGGUCUUUUUCUGAUUGUCUACAAAGCUUUAGCAGUAAUUCAGCUGGUGAGGUCAGGAAGCCGUUUGCAUCUCCAUUUGGUAAGUUUUUGGAUAGAAAUUCAUUGAAUUCUUCCAGUUCUGGAAAACGAAGCAGCCAGAAUAUAGAGCUUCCUUGCAUUAGUGAAGAAGCCGAGAACACAGAUGAGGUUGAUGAUGAUUUUUCAAAGGAUAUGGGAUCUAAAGAGCGAGUACCACUUGCUGACAUUACAGAAAAUGAAAGCGUUCAGGUUACAGUUUCUGAAGCUGCAAGGUUUACUGAUAGAUUGAGUUUAGAAUCUUUAAACACAGAACUCAGCAACACAGGGACUCAUAAUAGAACCAAAGAGAAUCUAACUCAGAAAAGCAGUAAGAGGAAAUAUUUGAAUGAGGCCGUGAAUCAUGAUAUCCUGCCAGUAGGAAACGGAGCUAAGAGAGUCACUAGAUCAUCUUAUAAUAGAUUUAGCAGGUCAGAUUUAUCCUGUAAAGAAAAUUUCAGAAAGGAAGGCCCUCGAUUCUCUGAAAAUGAGUCCAAGCAUAAAAAUAUUGUGUCCAAUGUGACUUCUUUUAUUCCUCUUCUCCAACAAAGAGAAGCUCCAACUAUUUUAAAAGGGAAGAGAGAUAUUAAGGUGAGGGCCAUUGAGGCUGCUGAGGCUGCAAAACGCCUUGCAGAAAAGAAAGAAAAUGAACGUCAAAUGAAGAAAGAAGCCUUGAAACUUGAAAGAGCAAGAAUGGAACAGGAGAAUUUGAGGCAGAUUGAAGUGGAGAAAAAAAAGAAAGAUGAAGAGCGAAAGAAGAAAGAGGAAGAAAGGAAGAAAAAGGAGGCUGAUAUGGCAGCAAAGAAAAGACAGAGGGAAGAAGAAGAGAGAAAGGAGAAAGAAAGAAAAAGAAUGCGUGUUGAAGAAGUUAGGAGGCGAUUACGAGAACAUGGUGGGAAGUUAAAAUCUGAUAAAGAGAAUAAGGAAGCGAAACCACAAGCCAAUGACCAAAAACCACGUGACAGGAAGGGAUGCAGGGAUGGGACUGACAAACGAGACAAGGAAAGUGGACAUGACAACUUUGACAAACUGUCAGUUAUAGAGUCCAAGGCCUCUUCUACAAGCGAUGCUGGAAGGGCAAGCUUUGUUGUGGAGGAUUCGCACACAACAAGUGUGGGUUCUCUAGAGGCUGAGGCACUUGAAAAUGUGAUGGAAAAUAGAAUCUCCGAAACAAGUACAGAACAAUCAUAUCAGAUUUCUCCUUACAAAGCUUCUGAUGAUGAAGACGAAGAGGAUGGCGAUGGCGAUGAUGGCCUACAAAACAAUAAAUUUGUUCCAUCAUGGGCCAGUAAGGAUCGUUUAGCUGUCCUUUUUGCUUCCCAGCAAAAACUAAAUCCAGAAAUUAUCUUUCCACCUAAAAGUUUUUGUGAUAUAGCUGAAGUUCUCUUGUGUCGAAAGCAUCAGUUGAAAUAGUCUGAACCUUCACAAUGUGUAUAGAUUUUAUCUGCAACUCAAACAUUCCCCUUCUGUUUGUACAAGACACUCGCCUAGAUCUUGCUGAAUAAUUUCGCAAGGAAUUGCUGAUCAGGUGCUUAGUGUCUUGUUACUCCAUAUUCUCAAUAGCUAAAUUGAGCGAUUAUUGUACAACUAGGCUGUUUCAUACGUAGGGUCAAUUUCUUAGAACCAAAAUAAGCUAUAAAACCCCGUUCCCACCACCCUCGUGACUGGAGACCUCGACGACGAAAAAGUUGGGGAAAAUGCCUGUAGUAAAUUCUUCGUGUUAACCUUGCCUACUUUUGCUUUGGGGUGGGUAGGGGGAGAAUUUAGUCUGUCCUGUAGAAAGCAGAAUUUAACCUGCCAACAUGUAGGUGUAAAGCGCUCGUUCCUAACAUAACUUCUUUAUGUACAAUUUAUUUUUUAUUAUAUUUUUCUAAUGAGGAUUAAAGUGUAGAUGAGAUUGUUC